AUGCCCACCGCAAUGGAAAACGACAUUGCGAACGAGCCUGGCGUUGCGCCUGAGCUGCCCCCCGGGGCCGAGCCCUUCGUGGUCAUCAAACAAGACGUCGAACUCGAAGUCGAUUUCCGCGAGAAGAGCAUCAGCGGCGUAUCAACAAUCCAUCUAUUCACGAUAAACCCAGACCUCGACGAGAUUUGGCUCGAUGCGCGGCAGUCUGAGAUCGACGUGGAAAAUGUGACCGUGGAUGGAUUCAAGACGAACGCGUCGUUUUCCGACCCGUACGAUCUAGCCCGGACCCCGCCUCAAUGGCAGAUUGGCGCAGCACAGCACCACCUCGUAAAACGACGGAUGGCACCACUCAGGCCUGCCCGGCGCUCCGAGGUACCGAACAAGGACCGGGAGAUGCUCCCCUGCUGCGUCCCAGCCGACCGUGCGGUCAAGGUCUCCUUGCGGCCCGACGGCAUCCUGAAGGACGAGCCUCGGCGGACGCUUAAGAUCAAGACGCUGAAAGCCGACAAAGACACCCCUCAUGACAGAGCCGACCCGAAUGACGAGAAGAAUGGAAUUAAGAUUUCCAUUCCUUUCCGCUCAAAGAAUAUACGCGACGGUCUGCACUUCGUCGGUCUUGACGAAGGCGACCAGAGAUACCCUCAUGUCUAUACCCGCCACUCGCUCGAGCCGGGGACUGCAUCUUGCAUUUUUCCGUGCGUUGACGAUCCGGGGUCAAGACACCCGUGGAAGAUCUCGAUCAAAUGCCCGAGAACGCUGGCGGAUGUGUUCGAGCAGCCUUUGGCUACGCAGCAAGCAGCUGCUACGAGUCCAGAUGCAACCCGGAAGAGGAAGCUCGGAGAAGCCCCCAUCACGCCCCCGGCCUCCCCAGCAUUGGCCGAGGAAGACAAGCUCAUGGAGAUGACGGUUGUCUGCUCAGGAAACCUUGCGGGAGAGCAAAUCGACCCCGAGGACGACAAGAAGAAGAUCAUGACCUUUGAAUCCCAACUCUCGGCGGCGCAGCACAUUGCCUUCGCCAUUGGCCCAUUUGAGCAUAUCCAACUAUGGUCCGAAUUCCGAACAGAGGAAGCAGACGAGAAGCUCGGCGCCAAUGCCGCCAAAAUUCACGCCUACUGCCUCCCAAACCGGGCCCACGAGGUUCGCCACACGUGUGUCCCGAUCGUAGCAGCCGCUGAUUUCUUCGCUCCCGAGUUUGGCCGCUACCCCUUCGAGAGCUACAAGGUCUGCUUUGUCGACGACAUGGUCUCAGACACCGUGGCGGCAACAUCAAUGUCGCUAUGCAGUAAUCGGUUGCUUUACCCCGAAGAUGUCAUCGACACCGAGAUCGACGUAACAAGAACGCUGGUCCACGCGUUAGCGAGCCAGUACUUCGGUGUCCACAUCGUCCCAAACCAGCGGUCAGACGCCUGGCUGAUCGUCGGCAUCCAGUGGUUCAUGACGGACCUGUUCAUGAGGAGCAUCUGCGGCAACAACUGGUAUCGCUUCCACCUCAAGACGUUAUCUGACAAGCUGGUCGAGGUUGAUGUGCAUCGGCCAUCCCUCCACGACCUUGGUGAGCACCUGCACAUCGGCGACUUCGAGUUGGACUUCAUGUCCCUCAAGGCGCCCUUGGUCCUCUUCAUUCUCGACCAACGCAUGUCCAAGAUUCCCGGGUCGAUGGGCAUCGUCCGCGUCAUCUCGCAGAUCGUCUCGAAUGCCAACAUCAACGCCACAAUUACCAGCACCUCGCUCUCCGACGCGGAUUUCCGGCGAGCGUGCGAGAAGAAGAGCCAGUAUCGGCCCGACGAGCUUUGGCAGCAGUGGGUGCACGGCGCCGGUUGCCCAAAGCUCCUUAUCAAACAGCGUUUCAAUAAGAAGAACCUGAAUGUUGAUAUCUCCAUCGCUCAGACACAGAGCAAGGAGAACGGGCCGAAUGCCAUUACGAAGGAGGAGUUCUUGAAGGAACUGGCGGAAGAGGUGCACGAGGUGUGGGCUGGCCCGGUGCCCAAGCUCUUUACAGGCCCGUUCACUGUCCGGAUCCAUGAAGCCGACGGCACGCCCUAUGAGCACUACCUCGCAAUCACGGACAAGGACAAGGUAGCGACCACGCUUCAGAUCGCCUACAAUACUAAGUACAAGCGAAUGAAGCGUACGAAGAAGGCUACGGCCGCGGCGGCGAGCACCGCUGUCGACAAGCAAGAUAUCCAGGAGGACGACAUCGUCUAUUUUAACAUGCUAGGCGAUGUGCUCAUGACUCAACGCGACCUUGAGAACUGGGGACUUCAGGAAUGGUCCGACAAUGUGCAAACCGCCAUGGAUCAGGAGUCGUACGAGUGGAUCCGGCUCGAUUGCAACUUCGAGUGGUUGUGCGAGACGGUGACCGACAUGCCUGGCUACAUGUACCUCGCCCAGUUGCAGCAAGAUAGGGAUGUUGUCGCACAUCAAGACGCGAUGCUCUUUUUCCAGCGCGGCAAACGACACGGCGUGGCCUCCAGCAUUGAGACACGGACAGUCAUGGACCGUCGGUACUUCCACGGUAUUCGCACCAUGGCCAUUGAUGACCUUCCCAAGCAAGCCGACCCGGAGAUUAACUACAUUGGGACGGCCCAGCUGAUUUUGAUCUUCCGCCACUUCUUCUGCGAUCGCAUGGUUGGCAAGAACGGCAAUGUCACGUUCCCCCCUGUGCCAAACGACUUCCACGACAAGGCCCAGUACUCGGUGCAAUGCGCUCUUCCAGGCGCCAUCGCACGCACGAGGGAAAACGGCCGCUGCUCGCGCCAGGCGCGGAAUUUCCUCCUUGAUCUGCUCCUCUUCAACGACAACUCAGACAACGAGUACUCGGACCAUUUCUACAUCGCGAAGCUGCUCGAAGCUCUGACCACCUCCAUCAUCCCUGACAAAGUGGAGGGGGAGAGGGAUCUCUACUCAAGACUGGGGGCCGACGAUGAUGAUGACAUGGAACUCAAACGGUUCAUCGAGAAGACCAUCGAGGAGAUCGACAAGUACCGCAGGAUGGACGAGUGGACGUCGACGUACCAAAACGUAUGGACGACAACCGCGCUACACUGCAAGAUGCGCCUGAUGAAAGCCAACGUCAUCCGCACCCAGCCGCUCGAGUUUGUCAGGUACCUGCAGGAUGGCAACCUCGAUCUCAUCAGGAUCAAGGCCUUUGAGUGCCUCGUAGAGCUGGGGUUGCUCGCCAAGGGCAUGGCCGCUGUCGCUCUGGGCGAGAGCAAGGCCGCUCAGCUCGAGCCCGAAGUACCCGUUGACGACUUUGGGUUGGUUGUCGAGCAGGGCGAGGCCGAGAUCCAGCGAAGGCAGCUCGCCGCGACUCGGAACCAGAGCAUCCAGGCAGCCGUGAAGGCAUUGCAAGAGGAACUGAAAGGCAAUAUCGAGCUGCAGACCGCCAUGUGGACGGCCGUGGAGUCACCGUCGAUCAGUGCCAAGGAGAAGUUCCAGCUGCUGACCAUCUGCUCGGCCAUGUUUGAGGCUGAAGAUUGCUUGCUCAUGACUUUCAACUAUCCCAAGAUCUGGAAGUGCACUAGGGAGCCUGUUCCCGAGGGGCCGUUGGCGCUUCAAAAGCCGAACGCUAAAAAACAGUGCAUCAUCAAGUUUACCACUCACUACCGAACGCAACCGCGGCACAAGCUCAUCAUGGAUCCAGUCCCACCGCCGCAAUGGGAACCCAAGCCUGCCGAGGUUAAGAAGAUCAAGCUCAACACUAACAAGUCCUUCAGCGGACCUUCAAACAACGGCCCGCCUACUCCAGCUCCCCAUGUGCGGAAGGACUCCAUCUCGGUCACACUGCCUCGACCACCGGUAACAGCGGCCGCGGCCGCGUUGCCCUCGUCCGACUCCAUCUCGGUCCAGCCCCUCGCUCGGCUGUCCACGCCUUCGGCACCGCCGCCCUCACCAGGUUUUGUGAUACACCCUCAUCAUCUAAACGGCGCAUCCAAGACGGCAGAUAAGCGUCCCAAGCCGGUCCCGAAGAAGCGGAAGAGCGACGAAGGCGAGGGCGUCGGCGUUGGCGUCGACCGCCCGAAGAAGGUGGCGAGAGUCGAGAGCGGCAUGAACGGUCGUCCUAGAAAGAUUGUCAGGCUACCUUUCACUGCCUGGGAUAGGCUGCCAGCCCGUAUUAGGGAUAGCAAUCGUGCCGGAAAGACGAACCAUGCGGCAUCCUCCACGAUCGUCGCGACACCUGCGCAUGCGAAGCGCUCCGCGCUACCCGGCUACCCCGAUCCUUCCGCUUACGCGGCGGCCCGGCCGCGCUCCCCCGCAACGGAUCCACGGUCGUCACCAGGGCUUAACGGAGGCCAAUCAGGGGUCAAAAAGCGGAAGCCACUCCCUUCGGCCGCCCCGCAGCAUCACUCACCACCACCGCCGAGCACUCCCGCGGCCGGCGGGGAGACCGGUGAGCCGAAAAAGAAAAUCAUCAAGCUCAAAUUCAGACCACAGUCGUCGCUGCCGCCGACCUCGCACUAG